AUGCCGUCCUAUGCUAAUCUCAAUCUGACAGCAUUAUGCAGAGAGGGUCGGUUGAAGGAGGCGCUACACAUUUUGCUUACUACCCACAAACCCCCUGGAGAUUCUAAUACGUAUCUUCAGCUAUUGCAGAUAUGCAUUGCCAAGAAUGUGCUUUCACUAGGUAAGCAAAUCCACUCUCUCAUUACUCACAGGGGAUUUGUAUUUUCCUUACGCACAACUUUUCCAAAUAAGCUUAUCGACAUGUAUGUCAAGUGCGGGAGUUUGAUAGAUGCUCGUAAAAUGUUUGAGGAAAUGAAAGAACAAAACGUCUCUUCAUGGAAUACCAUAAUCGCAGCUUACCGAAAACAUGGAUUUUCUCGCGAGGCAUUGAUAUUGUUUCACCAAAUGCAACGAACUGGGGUUGAAGCCGAUGAGUUCACCUUUGCCAGCAUACUUCCAGCCUGUGCUAAACUAAGAGCUUUGGAACAGGAUGUUGUUGUGGCAAGUGCUUUAGUAGAUAUGUAUGCAAAAUGUGGAAGCAUAUGCAAGGCACGUGCACUGUUUGACGAAAUGCCUCAGAAAAAUGUGGUUUCGUGGAAUGUUAUGAUUGCAGGAUACGCACAAAAUGGUUUUCUGGAAGAGGCUUUAAAGCUUUUUAAAGAAAUGUCUCGACCAGAUGUUGUCUCAUGGAGUGCCAUAGUUGCAGGCUAUGCUAAAAAUGGGUUCUUUGAAAAUGCCUUAGAGACAUUUAAGCAAAUGCAAUUGGCAGGAUAUGCACAAAAUGGGUUUGUUGAGCAGGCCUUGCAAACUUUUAAACAAAUGCAACUGGCAGGUCUAAAGCCAGACUCCGCUACCCUAGUCACCAUCCUCCCAACCUGUGCCAAAAUAGGAGCUUUAGAACAGGGAUAUGCACAAAAUGGGUUUGUUGAGAAGGCCUUGGAGACUUUUAAGCAAAUGAUUGUGGCAGCUGUAAAGCCAGACUCUACAACGUUUGCCAGCAUCCUCCCACUCAGUGCCAAAUUGGGAGGUUUAGAACAGGGUAGGGGUAUCCAUCAAAGGAUAAUCGAAAGUGGAAUUCUGUCAGAUGUUAUAGUUGCAAAUGCCCUGACAGACAUGUAUGCAAAAUGUGGAAGCAUAUACAAGGCAAGAUAUGCACAAAAUGGCCUUUGUAAAGAUGCUUUAGAACUCUUUGAACUAAUGAAAUACUCUGGAAUGAACCCUGACCAUAUAAGCUACACUUGUGUUCUAUUUGCGUGCAGCCAUGCAGGUUUAGUAGAUGAGGGCUGUAAAUACUUCAAUUUCAUGAGUGACUCUUAUUGCAUAUUGCCUACAAUCGAUCAUUAUGUGUGCAUAAUCGACCUCCUUAGCCGUGGUGACUAUCUUGAGGAAACUCUAAACUUUAUCAUCAAAAUGCCAAUAAAACCUGUAGAGGUAGUAUGGACCUGUUUGCUUGCUGUCUGUAGAUCACAUAAGAAUAUAGAACUAGGAGUAUUUACAGCAAAAGUUCUUCUGGAGCUGGAUCCUAAAGAUGCUGCAACUUAUGUUCUUCUGUCAAACAUCUAUGCGGAAAUCGGCUGGUGGCGUGAUGUUCAAAUGAUACGGAGAUUGAUGAAAGAGAGAGGAGUUAUAAAAUUACCAGGAUGUAGUUGGAUUGAAAGCCAUAAAAUGGUUAAUCCGGUUGACAAAGGGGAGAGAGUGGUUGAGUGGGACCCCCCAGAAUGUGGAUGGACAAAGAUCAAUCUCGAUGGUGCAUCUAGGGUGGUACGGGGUGUUAGUCUACGGUUUCGGCCUUCCACCGUGUUGCAGGUAGCUUUCUUGGGCAGGGUGGCAGAGUUGAGAUCGGGGUAUGCUUCAAAGUAUAUCGGAGGAAGAUAUGGAUUUAAGGAGGGUGAUAUCGUGUCAGGGAAGCAAAGUUUGGUCUUGGUUAUCGGGCGUAGCGUAGUGUGCAAGUUGAAAGGCAAUUCAGGGAGAGUUGGUAGUGAAGCAUUUCUGAUUAUACUGGAAGCAUCUGUGGUUGUUCCAACGCGUCCAGGAGGCUUGAGAAAGUCAAAAUCUGGCUUUUGUUUCACCGAAAUCAGAGAUUAUCAUACACAGUUGCAAAACUAG